AUGGCCUCUCUACCUCGCAAUGUGGAUGUCCUCAUCGUGGGCGCGGGGUUCAGCGGACUAUACCAGCUCCACUUUCUUCGUCAACUGGGGUUCAACGUAAAGGUCUUAGAAGCAGGGGGUGACAUUGGCGGGACGUGGUAUUGGAACUGCUACCCCGGCGCGCGGGUCGACUCCUACGCCAGCAUGUACCAGCUAUCGAUCGACGGCGUCUGGCAGAACUGGAGCUUCUCGUCUAUGUACCCCGCGCGAGACGAAAUCCAGAACUACUUCCACUACAUCUCACGCACACUCGAGCUGGGGCGCGACAUCAUUCUGAACACGCGUGUGGUCUCUGCGGUGUACGACGAUGCUGGGAGCGAGUGGGCGGUGACGACACAGCGCGGGGAUGUUGUGCGGUGUCAGUUUCUGAGCUUCUGUACUGGGUUUGCGUCGAAGGCGUUUACGCCGGCGUUCAGAGGGAUUGGAACGUUCCGCGGUCCGUGCCAUCAUACGGCGCUGUGGCCGCAGGAGGGAAUUGAGCUGCGGGGGAAACGGGUGGCGGUGAUUGGCACUGGUGCAAGUGGCAUCCAGGUGAUCCAGGAAGCAGCGGCUGUCGCCCAGGAGGUCACUGUCUUCCAGCGCACCCCCAGCAUCGCGCUCCCUAUGAACCAGCAACUUUUAAAUGACGAGGCUAAAAGGAAGUUGAAAGACGGGCAGGCGAAGGCGUUCGACGCGCGGAGGAAGAGUGUGUCUGGGCUCGAUAUGGGACCGCUCGGGCAGAAGAUGGCGGAUCUCGAUGAGGGGGAGAAGAAUGAGUUAUACGAGGGCCUGUGGGCGGAGGGCGGGUUUGCGCCGUUAGUGGGCGGGUUCGCGGAGGUGUACCAGGACGAUGUGGCGAAUGAUUGGGCAUAUGGGUUCUGGAGGGAUAAGGUCAGGAAGCGGAUUAACGAUCCUUGGCUCCAGGAAAAGCUAGCGCCGACUGUGAAGCCCUACCCGCUUGGAGCGAAACGCGCACCCCUUGAGCAGAAUUACUACGAUCUGUUUAAUCAGCCGAACGUCCACCUCAUCGACGUCAACGAGAAUGAUAUAGAUCAGAUCACGCCGAAGGGCAUACAAACAGCCGAUGGGGUUGCACGGGAGUUCGACGUCAUCGUACUGGCCACUGGCUUCGACGCCAUCACCGGUAGCAUGACCCAGCUCGACAUACGGGGUACGGACGGUGCUAACAUACACGACAAGUGGACGUCCUUGGCUAGCACAUAUCUAGGGCUGAUGACGGCAGAUUUCCCUAACAUGUUCUUCUCGUACGCAACUCAUGGCCCGACAGCUCUCAGCAACGGACCCACAGCUCUGGAAAUUCAAAGUGACUGGAUUGUUAAAUGUAUCCGGUACACGAGAGGGCGUGGCUUCUCGUCGGUCCGGGCGAGCAAGGAGGCCGAAGAGAGGUGGACGAAGCUUGUUAAUGAUAUUGGUGAUCAGGGGCUGUGGAAGCGCGCGAAGUCGUGGUAUACUGGGGCCAAUAUUCCGGGCAAACGGGUGCAGCACCUGAACUUCUCGGGCGGCGUCGGCUUGUACGCACAGAUCUGCCAGGAAAACGAGGAGAAGGGAUAUGAAGGCUUUGAAUUUAGCGGGAAGAGCAAGUAG